CUCUCGGCGGCGUAAAAAGUUGCGCUGCACAGAUUCCAAUUUUAUAACAUACUACUUAUUUCUUAUUUACUACAAGAAAAGUGUUAAAAAAUUAACAAUAAUGAAUAAAGAAAGAAAGGAGCCUGAUUAUCCUGUUGAAUUAGAAUCUCAGUUUAUUAUGAGGUGGCCUGAAGAACCAGCAAAAACCCUAAGGGAUGUUUUGAGUACUGGAGAAACUCUAAAAAACAGACUCACUAUACAAAUGGAAAAUGAUAUGCGUAACGGAGAAAUACGCUUUGAUCAUUGGUUGUUACAUGCCAAAAUAGUAGACUUGCCCACGAUUGUGGAGUCUCACAAAACAAUAGAUCGAAAAAGUGUUUAUAAAACGGCAGAUAUCUGCCAGAUAAUGAUUUGCAAAGAUGAAAUUGAUCCAUCGUCAACUGAAGAAGAAUCCCCUACAAAAAGUAAGAAAAAAGAUCCUUUUAAGGUAGAUAAAAAAUUUCUUUGGCCACAUGGUAUUACACCGCCUACAAAAAAUAUCAGAAAAAGACGUUUUAGAAAAACAUUGAAGAAAAAAAAUGUAGAAGCUCCCGAAAUUGAAAAAGAAGUAAAGAGACUUUUAAGGGCAGAUAAUGAAGCGGUUAGUUUUACUUGGGAAGUGAUUAACGAAGAGGAUGAAAAUGGUGACAAACCUGAAAUUCAAUUACCCUUGAAACCUGAAAAAUUAAAAGCAAAGAAAGAACAUAUCAGCACCAAGUCAGAAUUAAAUAUAAGUCAUAAAUCUGCAUCCAAGGUAGAAGACAUAUUUGGUGGCACUUUAAGUGAUAGUGAUUUAGAAGAUGAAAAUGUAAAUGUUGAUAUUGAUGACAGCAGAUUAUCUUGUUAUGAUGAUCCUCGUUCAGACUCAUUGCAUGAACUAGAUAUCAAAAGUACCAGAACUGCUACUCAAUUUAGCUCUGAGAUGUUUUACUCUACUGAUGAACUACAGGGUACAUCUGGUACUACAAAUCUAAUGGUGAUGAAAAAUAGAGAACACUACUCCAUUGAUGAGUUUUUAGGAGGUACAGAGCAUAAAUCCAAUGCUAAAUUGCAACAGCUCACUACUGAAUUGGAAGAAUUAAAACAACGACGUCAAAGAACACAGUUUGAAAUUUCUGGUAUGGAAAAUAUGACUUUAAGACAGAGAUUUCAAGAUAUUCUUCAAAAUUUAAAUAAAGAUAUAACAAGCAAACAAUUGGAGUACCAAAAACUACUUUCUCUUAAUAAGUAACUGCAUAGUGAAAGCUUAAUCACUCAUCUGUUAAAUUGUU